AUGUCCGUUAAAAAUGGCGAGGUCGAAGGGCCAAAAAAUAUACUGCUAUUCAAAGCACCUAAAUGUAGUAACUCAGGGAGACAACUUUUAAGAGAUUUUAGAAUAUUAAAAAGGCAUAACUCAGUUUUCCAAACUCACAUGACUCAACAUAUGAAUGGUAAACAUCAAACUGUUAAAGAUGAAGCGAUUCACCUUGCUCGAAAUUACAAAUGUGGACUUUAUUGCAUAGCAUCAUCGAGUAAGAAGAAACCUUUGGGUUUAGAAAUUGGUAGGGUAUUUAAUAAACUAUCAUUAGAAUCUGUAAAAUUCAAAGUGUUGGACUAUGUUCCAAUCGAUGCAUUUAGGAGGGCAUACACUCAUCGCAAUAUCUCUGAAACUUCUGAUUAUGCGGUAUCUUUAGUUAUAGCCCAAGGAUCAUUUUUUUCUAAUGGUUCAAUGAAGCAAGCCAAAGAAAUUUUAACUGAUUUCUUUCACUCUUAUAAUGACGGUAAAAUAUAUCUAGAAGGGGUAGAACAAGCAAUAAUCAUCUCAUCUAAAGAACCAGAUCUAAUUUACAUUAGAAGGUAUAAAAUUGGCUUAACAUGUGGCACCGGCGCCGAUUCUCCUAAAGUACAAUUAUAUGAGAUGGGCCCCUCGAUAGAUUUACAACUAACAGAUUCAUGUAUCCCGGACCCAGAGUUAAUGAAGAAAGCUAUGGAGACUAAUAAAAAGAUUCAUAUUACUCCAGGAAUAGGUGUGGAUAAGAAGAUAAUUAAGAGGGGUAAGAAUGCUAAAACUACUAUUAUGGCUAAUACUGUAGGCAAAGUGUAUGUGCCGCCUCAAAAUUUCGAUCAAAUUUAUACCCCGCAUGCAAAAUUGAGAAAGCAGCGGGGUAAAGAGAAUGAUUAG